GCAAUCGAUUGAUCCCGAAUUCAUUGUUUUGAUGUAAUAUUUCCGAUUCUUGCUUCCUCUCUUUUGUAUAUCAGCCCACAAACUGCCGAAGUAGGUCAUCAGCAUUUAAAAGUCGGUUUCCCUUGUCAGGAUCUUGCAGUCUAAGGCUGUCAGGCCAAUUAUGUAAGCCGCAAAUCCGGUGCAACGAGAGGAAGCGGACUUCUCAGUACGUGCGCGCUUUUGUAAAAGCCUCAGUCAGAAAUUUCAUUGGAUCUCAAGAAAUGAUUACAAUUAUCGACUCUGUUAGCUGUGGUUUGGAAUGAUAUGUGAUUACUGCAGGAUAUCAUGCCCAUAUCUGAGUAUGAAAACAAUUUAACCGCCACAAAAUGGAAGGGAAUGUUUGUACCCGCGCUCAGAAAGGUGCAAUCGCAGGUUCACCCUGCGUUGAAAGUACACGACGAAGCGCUGGAGUAUAUCGAGUCUUUGAUCGUCCAACUCAUGAAUCAUCUGUGCGCCUGCCAGCCACGUUCAGUCGCCGACGUGGAGGAACGAGUUAUGAGCUCAUUCCCUCAUCCGAUUGAUAAAUGGGCAAUCGCAGAUGCGCAAGCUGCGAUCGAAAGGGGAAGGAAGAGAAAUCCUGUGGUUUUACCGGCGGACAAAGUGCAUGCUAUAAUCAAGGAUAUUCUUGGAUUCAGGGUGGAAUCCCAAGUAAGCCUUUACAUUGUGGCUGUUAUGGAGUACAUAUCUGCUGAUAUUUUAAAGCUUGCUGGUAACUAUGUGAAGAAUAUCAGGCAUGUUGAAAUUACUUGCCAAGACAUUAAGGUGGCUCUGUUUGCAGACAAGGUAUUGAUGGACAUGUUUCAUCCUGAUGAUGUGGAGACAUCAGUGGAAGCAGAGACAUUGAGCAGUCAGGCAGCUCUGACCUAUGAUGAAGUUGUACGUGAAAUGAUGAUUGCAGAAGCACAAUACAUCAGAGAUUUGAAUAUGAUUAUCAAGGUCUUCAGAGCUCCUUUUAUUGAAGCCAAGGAUCUUUUUCUGCAUGAGGAUAUCAGCCGGAUUUUCAGCAAUAUUACUGACAUCUAUGAGUUCUCUGUUACAUUGCUGGGUUUGUUGGAGGCAGCAAUUGAAGUUGCAGAUGAAGGCAAACAGCCAGCAAUCGGGGAAUGCUUUGAAGAAAUGGCAGAGAAUGCCGAGUUUGAAGUUUACUACACUUACACCAGCGAGCAGACUGCUUCAGCAAGCAAACAGUACAGACAUCUUGGCAUAGGUGGAAAACUUUCAGAGUUGUUGUUAAGAACUCCAGUGGAUGAAUACUUCAAGGCAAAAGGCCCAGGUUUCAAGGAAGCUGUGCAAUAUUGCCUUCCCAAGAUGCUUAUGAUGCCUGUCCAUCAUUGCUUGCACUACUUUGACCUCAUUAAGUUGUUGCUUAGGACUUCUCCUGAUGAAGAUGACAUUGAGAGCUUGGAACAGGCCCAGAGUGCACUGGGACCACUUCAAGCACAGAUGGAGAGAAUUGUCCAAUCAUUGGGAAAUAUCACAAAGAGAAGAGAGGACCAGUUCACAAAAGCGCAGAAAAGGAAAUCAGGAGCUUUCCGAUCAGCAGCUGUGAUCAUGAAUGAAUUACAGAGAAGCAUUGAAGGAUGGGAGGGGAGAGAUAUUUCACAGUCUUGUACAGAAGUAAUGAAAGAGGGAACCCUUGGUAAGAUUCAUCCAAACAAAAGGGACACUGAAAGAUAUUGUUUUCUCUUGGAUGGUCUUCUUAUCUGUUGCAAACAGAAUACAAGACUUUCAUUGACAGGGCCAUCACCCGAGUACCGACUGAAAGAAAAGUAUUAUAUAAGAAAGAUUGAAAUCAACAAUCUUGAUGAUACGGAAGAUGUUAAGAAUGCAUUUGAGAUUGUGGACAGAGAUCAACCCAAGGCCGUCUUUACAUGUAAGACAGAAGAGGAGAAAAACGAAUGGAUGUCAGUACUAAUGACAAUCUACAUGAGAAGUACUCUGGACAGAAUGUUGGACCAUCUUCUGUUAGAAGAAGAGAAGGCAAUUCCUCUUAGAAUGCCGAGUCCUGAGGAGUACUGUUUUGCUGUCAAAGACGCUGAAGACAACAUUGUGUUCGAGGAUGGACAAGGGAGCACAAGUAAUGCGCCGGUCAUCAAAGGUGGAACAUUGAUAAAGUUGAUUGAAAGGUUGACCCAUCACAAGUAUGCGGAUCCAACUUUUGUGAGGACUUUUCUGACCACUUACCGAUCAUUCUGCAAACCAACAGAGCUCUUAGGUUAUUUAAUUCAGAGGUUUGAAAUACCUGAGCCUCCCCCUAGCGAACAAGAUGAAUUAGCCAUGGCCAGGGGGGAGCCUGUUGUGCGUGAAGACCUCAAAAGAUUCAGAAAGGAAUAUGCCCAACCAGUGCAAUUAAGAGUUUUAAAUGUUAUUCGCCAUUGGGUGGACAACCACUGCUAUGAUUUUGAACGCGAUUCGCAGCUGUUGACGAAACUCAACGAGUUCUUGGACACAGUCAAUGGCAAAGCCAUGAGACGCUGGGUGGAGUCUAUAAAAAAAGUUAUCGCCAGAAAGACGAAUUCCGACAAUGACAUUGCUCCAGAAAUUACAUUUGAGAAAGAGCCGCCACCGACAGAAUGGCAUAUAGCAGCUUGCAACGACAUCGAAAGAUUCGACAUCCUCACCCUGCAUCCAAUUGAGAUUGCUCGGCAGUUAACUAUCAUCGAGUCAGAGCUGUACAGAGCUGUCCGCCCUUCAGAACUUGUAGGAAGUGUGUGGACGAAGGAAGACAUUAAAUAUCUUACUUCACCGAAUCUUCUGAAGAUGAUCCAUCACACGAACAAGAUCACUAUGUGGUUUGAGAAGAGCAUGUUGGAGUUUGCGAAUUUAGAAGAGAGAGUAGCAGUUUUAAACAGAGUUAUCGACAUUUUAACAGUUUUUCAAGAAUUAAACAAUUUCAAUGGUAUUCUAGAAGUAGUCAGUGCAAUUAAUUCGUCUCCUAUCUUCAGACUUAAUCACACGUUUGCAGAGCUGAGCCCCAGACGGAAGCAAAUUUUGGAGGAGGCGAAAGAGCUUAGCAGCGAUCAUUACAAGAAGUACAUCGAAAAAUUACGUUCCAUCAACCCCCCCUGUGUGCCUUUCUUUGGUAUGUACUUAACAAAUAUUCUGAAGACUGAAGAAGGAAAUCCAGAUUUUCUACCCAAUUAUCCAAAAGGGAUCAUAAACUUUAGUAAGAGGAGAAAAGUCGCUGAAAUCACCGGUGAAAUCCAACAGUAUCAGAACCAGCCCUACUGUCUUCAGAAAGAGUCCUUCAUUACGGAAUAUCUAGAGACGUUAGAUCCGUUUGAGGGACGAAGUGACAAAGAAAUGGAAGACUACCUGUACGACUUGUCUCUGGAAAUCGAGCCACGAAACUGUAGACAGCUUGUCAAGCAUCCUCGCAAGACGGACAUUUCCCUCAGAUCGCCAGGCACAAGGCCGAGUUAUCUACAGUCUCGUCUGUCAAUCACAUCUCAGACAUCUUUGAGAAGAAGCGCCUCUCAAGCUUCGUACAUUUUCUUACCAGACAGCGACAUGUUUCCUUCAACGACGUCGCUAUCUCCGAGCACCCCAAGGACGCCUUUGUCAACGAUUUCCUUCCUGCCCCCUGACAGCGUCUCGGAAACGAUUUCCGAAUCUCCGUUGCUUGAAGACACAGAACCCGACUAUGUUAACAUCGAGAACUUUCCGGAGCAAGAGCCUCCGCCUGAUAUACCUCCGAGAAAACCUUCGAAUCAGACAAAACAUCGUGCGGCGUCGGUGAAUGGCGAUAGGCCUUCCGAACAUGUGACUUCGCCUGUACGUCGGCAAAUGUCGGAUAUUAUUCCAAGUAUCCCUCGAAAACCAACUAAGUCAGUGACAAUAGAUAGGUGUCAGAACAUUGCUCAAGAUGACGACGAUGCCCCUCCAAUACCCCCAAGGGAACCAAAUAGGGGGCCUCGUCGAAUUCCACCUCCGAUUCCCCCUAGGGUACCCGGAGGGCAUGAACCCAUGACCGGGAAUGUGGAAUUAACUAAUCACGAAGACGCUCCUCCCCCGGCUUUGCCGCCCAAAACAAAACGUUCAUGACAAUUGUCAUGUCGUGACCGGAUCAACGCGUGACAGGCCUGUCAUUGUGUGACAUGCCUUUACUAAAUGACUUCUAUGACACGGAGUAGCGCUUGGAAUUUAAUUUGUUUUUCAAAUUGAUCUUCAAACAUAGCUGCAAAUGGCUUCAAUUAUCUUAAAGAAUAGACCUGAUUUUGUUCAGGAAUAGAAUUAUAUAGAAGUAUAAAUCUGAGGAAAUGUUUUCCCUUUUCGAGUGCGAUAUGUAGAUACAUAUACCAAAAUUUGGAGCAAUUGGAAAAAAAUUUCAGAUUGAAUGGACAAUAAGCUUGAAGUGCAUUCGUUUUCAGUCUUUUCAUUAGGAAACGUGGCCGUAGAGGCGUGGAACGAGUGCGUUCACAAUGGUAGAUAAUGAUACGUUCCAGGUGAACGUUGGGCUUGCGGUGUUUCUGCAGCAUGGUAGGGGUGGGAGAGUUUGGUAAAGGUGCCACAGUACCUCCCUGGGCACUCUGCAGUUACAUUAAAGGCUUGACAAACUUUUGUUUGCGCGAAUUUUUUUUUAUAAAAUUUUGCUUUAUCGCUCAAUGCGAUCGGAAAUAAACUUUAAUUCAUAGAUAUGUCAAAUUGUUUCUUAAUGUCCCAGAAAAUAAAGGCUUAUGAAUUUUUAA